AUGGCGAGGUCGCAGAGAAAGGGAACAACGGACUCGAAGAACUCGAAAAAAAGUGGAAGUCGAUUGAGACUGAGAAGAUCCGAUAUGUCGAACAUCAAAAGAGCCCGAAGUCGAACCCUGAAGAUGACCAUCACUAUUGUUGCCGUCUUCAUCCUUUGCUGGACUCCAUAUUGUGCAAUGAUAUUGUGGUACAUUUUCGACCGAGACAGCGCAAGUUUGGUGAAUUUGAGCUUGCAAGACGUGCUUUUUUCAACGGCAAUCGUCAACGCUUGUGCCAACCCCAUGGUGUAUGGUAGUUAUGCUGUGGAUUUCCGAAAAGAGUGUCGUCGGUGUUUUCUGCCUUACGAAGCGAGAAACGUGAACGCCAAUCCAAGGUUGACGCAGCGUAGUGCCGAAUCAGGACAAUUGAAAUCGAUGUCCCCGGGCGUCACUUCAUUAUUCCUUAGGACAAUGAGAAGCGUCUUGCGCGAUAUUUUACGAGUUUGCAGCACUCGUACGAGAAGUACUGACACGUACCAGAUGAACUUAACACCUGUAACGAGUUCCAGGAUACCGAGUCCUGGCGUCGUCGAAAAGGUGUCCCUUCGAGAAAUGGUAAGCUCUUAA